ACUCUAUCCUCUCAGUUCUCAGUUCUCACUCUCUCUUUUGCCAUGUCAACUGGAACACAGCGCAUGUUGAAGAACUUGAAGAAGUUCGCAGAUGUUAAAUACAAGCUCUUCACAGCUCGCUAUGGCCAACAAGUCUCUGACAUCUUCGACUUCCCCAUACACUUCGUUCUCUCCCCUUUCACUCUCGCUUUCGACAUUGUUGGCUCUGCUCCUCGUGGCUUCGGCGUCCCCGAGCUCAUCUCCAAGCUCUCUUACUUUUCUAUUUUCGCUGUUGCUACUCUAGGGACUUAUGACAUUGCAUUGGAGCUUGGAAAGAAAGUGAUAUGUCAGAGAAACUGUCGUACUUGCAAUGGGUGGCAGGCAUUGCGGUGUACUAAGUGCAGAGGAUCAGGCAGGGUGCAUUACCAAGUUAAAAAUUACACCUUGAAAGGUGGAGAGAAGGCAACAGCUGAAUGUGUUGCAGAUGCCAUUGUGGACAAUCGGGCAGAGUUGGUGCACCUUCCAUCCACCAUGGAUCUUCAUGUCCCCUUGCCAACUAAAGACUGCCCAACUUGUGAUGGGACGGGUGUAAUGGGCUGUCCUGAAUGCAAGCACAAAUUACAAGUCAGAAUCUCUGCAGAUGACAUCAUGGAGCCUCCAUGGAAGGCCUAUAAUGUCUUGAAAAGGAUGGACUAUCCCUAUGAGCAUAUAGUUCACAGCAUGAGGGAUCCCAGCAUCGCUGCAUUUUGGUUGAUCACCUUGCCUCAGAUUGUGGGUGGAUUCGACUAUGAUGAUGAUGUCAAGCAGAAAAUUUGGUGGCAAUACAAGGACUCCAUGCAAUAUGAUCAACUUCGAGAUGUGGUGGCAAAGCAAAGACCAGGCUGGGAGCACUUGCAGGAGGCCUUGAUUUCUAUAGAUCCUGUCCGUGCUAGGGAUGAUCCUGUUAUAGUGAAAAAUAUCCCCUACCACAAGGCCAAGAAGGCAUUGGAGGCAGAAGUGAUGAAGCUUGAUCCUCCACCACGGCCACCAAGCUGGGGUGAGCUAGAACUUCCACUUAAUGCAUCUUCUUGGAGUGAGGAAGAUCUCAAAGAUCCAGAGAAAUUGUAUGAGAUGACUGUUCUUCUUAAUGCACAAAGAGAAAUUGCUGAUAAAAUCAAGGAUGUUCAAUGGGAAACUAAAUGGCGUCAGGAAAAGUUAAAUGAGAUGUUGGAGGAGAAGGUGCAACCAUACAUUCAAAACAUUGACAAUGGCAUCCUGUCUAAACCUAUUGUCUUACAAUCACAAAAUCAGGAGCAUAAGAGGAGCCAGCGCCGGAGAUGGUUUUUCUUUUGACAAAUAUUAAACCACUGUUGUAUCUGAGUGCCCACAGCAGUUCAUUGAUGUUCAUUUGUGAUGGUGUAUUUUUUAGUAUUCCAUAGUCUUCCUCAUGGUAGAUAGUUAUGUUUCCCCUUAUAAGUCCAUCUCUACCCUUUUGAGGCCUCUAGAAAUUCUGUUUGAUCUAAUGAGUCUCUCUACCUCCUUAUAUACAUUACUGUGCAUCUUUUUGCAGAAAAUUUUUUCUUCCUUAUAACUGCAUAUAUGAAUCAGUGGAUUCUUUUCUUAA